AUGCCCUCCUUUCUUGAGGUUGCUAGUUCAUCUCCAUUUAGCUAUGAGGAAGCUAAAAACUACACGAGGAGUUUUGAGAGGACGGCUUUAGUAACCUCAUUAGUUUAUGUAGUAGUUAUAUUUAGCACCAAAGCAAUAAUGAGCAACUUCAAACCAUUUCAGCUCACCCCGGUUUUGAACUUUUGGAACGCUUGGUUAGCAAUAUUCAGUACAAUCGGUAGCAUCAUUACCGGAUAUGGCCUUUUCUAUGAAAUUUACUACAGAGGGUUUGUGUCAUCAUACACGAACAUUGGGGACUUCUUUAGUGGCUAUAGUGGAUAUUGGACAUUUCUGUUUGUCAUGACCAAAGUGCUUGAAUUAGGCGAUACGAUUUUGAUAGUGCUUCGAAAGAAGCCGCUUAUUUUUUUGCACUGGUACCAUCACGUGUUGACUCUAAACUAUGCUGUUUGGUCGUACUCUCAAGACAUCGCGUACAAUAGCUGGAUCACAUGGAUGAACUUCACAGUGCACUCGAUCAUGUACGGGUAUUAUAUGCUUCGGUCGUGCGGUGUGAAAGUGCCCGCAUGGGUUGCGCGAAACAUCACGACGAUGCAAAUCCUGCAGUUUGUCAUCACACACUUCAUCCUAUUCCAUGUCGGCUACCUUGUCAGCCAAGGCGCCAAGGUUGACAGCACACCCCAAGUUUUUUGGUGCUGUCUCAUCAUGGAAUUCUCGUACGUGUCACUGUUCGCAAACUUUUACUUCCAGUCGUAUGUCAAAGGAGGCGGAAAGAAAUUCAAUGCCGAGAAGACGAAAAAACAAUAA